UGGAGCAUGCUGCAUGCUGCGGAGAUUCAAUACCACCGCAAUAGUACUUCUCAUUAGCUUUAAAGCAACACCGAAAAUGAAAAUUGUUGCUCUUAUUAGCGGUGGCAAAGACAGUUGCUACAACAUGAUGCAGUGUGUGGCAGAAGGUCACAGCCUUGUUGCCCUGGCCAACCUCAGACCAAAACAGGAAGGUUAAAACCAGAUGAGGUGGACAGCUACAUGUACCAGACAGUUGGCCAUCAUGCCAUCCAGCUAUAUGCCCAAGCCAUGGGCCUACCACUCUACCAAGAUGUCAUUGAGGGUUUGUGUCGGGAACCGGGCGGGGACUACUCAGCAACAGAGGGUGACGAAGUAGAGGAUUUGUACAGACUCUUGAAGUUAGUUAAGAAGGACCUAGGGGUGGAGGGUGUUUCUGUUGGAGCCAUUCUGUCCAACUACCAGAGGGUACGAGUGGAAAAUGUGUGUUCCAGACUUGGGCUUACGCCCUUGGCUUUCCUCUGGCGGAGGGAUCAACAGGAACUUCUGCAGGAGAUGAUAACGGCUGGGGUGGAGGCUAUCAUCAUCAAAGUGGCAGCCUUGGGGUUGACCUCCGCACACCUUGGAAUGACCCUUCAGGAGAUCCAGCCCCACAUGCUGCGCAUGAAAGAGAAAUACCAGUUGAAUGUCUGCGGCGAGGGUGGGGAGUUUGAGACAUUUACGUUGGAUUGCCCACUAUUUGCCAAGAAGUUGAACGUAAAGCAUCAGGAAAUGAUAAACCACAGCGAUGAUGCCUUUGCACCUGUGUGGUAUCUUAACCUUCUCAAUGUGGAGUUGGAGGAGAAACAGAAUGUUGGAGAAACCUUUGUAGACAGGAUAAAAGGCAUCCCAAUGAAAAGAGGCUCUGAAAUCCUCCUAGAGCUGCAAGAUUUCAUGAUUGAGGAAACGGAAGUAGAGCAACAUUUGCCAGAAGAGGAGAAACCCAAAGAAAAUACAAACAGUACAUCGGAUAAAGCAAUGGAUGCACUACCUCCAGUGUGUAAAAUCACCAGCGAGGGCUACAUGUGGGUGUCAGGGAUAACUGCUACACAAUCGGAUUGUUCAACAAUAAGUGAAAGUACACAGCAAGCAAUGGAGUCAUUGAAAGAAAGUCUUGGUAAUCAUGGGUACUACCUCACAGAUGUCAUCAUAGUCCACCUGUACGUCAGAGACAUGUCCCAAUUCUCCCAAAUCAACUCGGUGUACUGUAGAUAUUAUCAGCAGCGUCCCCCAGCACGAGUCUGUAUUCAAGUUGACCUGCCAUGCGACCUGCAGCUUGACUGCUUAGCUCAAAGAAAUGUUCAGCAAGGAAAUCCUGGCUGUGAUGAUGGCAAACCUAACCUAUGUGGUGAUGGCAUCGCUGAUUCACCGGUGCACAGACACACCAUGCAUGUACAGAGUAUAUCUCACUGGGCACCGGCUAACAUUGGCCCAUACAGUCAGGCUGUUCAGAUGGGUGCUUUCGUUUUCUCAGCUGGCAUGCUAAGCCUGUGCCCAAGCACCAUGCAAACUGUAGAGGGCGGUAUUACACCGCAGUGCGCCCUCUCAUUGCGCAGCCUGCAGCGAGUGCUAGCCGCCAUUCAGUCAGGAGUGUCGCUGAGCAAUGUUGUUGGUGGCGUGUGUUAUGUUACCGACAUACGGCAUUUAAACGUUGCCAGGAGGCACUGGGAGAGAUUUGUCAAACAGGUUUGUGCAAAACAUGGACCAACAUCUGUUAAAAAUUUGCAACUUUGACAUUUACAUUAAAAACACCUAAAGAUUCAUGGUUGUU